UUAUUUGAUACUUCUAUGUAAAUACUUCUCACAUCUUCAGGAGAUUUAUUUGAUAACGUUUCAGAAGCCAAAAAUCGGUUUCAAAUGAUAAAGAGAUUAGGAAAAAGAAAUUGCACGUUAAGAAGACAUUUUGGUUGCAAACACCAUGAAGAAAUUUACAAAGCUUGGCCUGGUUCUGAUUGCUGUUCUAUCCUUCCUAUGUUUCCUAGUUUACAAGCUGCGCUAUGAUCGUCUCUACAACGUGAUGCAGGUUCUAGAAGUAUUUGGGUCUCCGCCUCAACCCUCUAAGUGUUUGGAUCCUGAUUCUUUAGAUAUUCUCAUCCCAACCCUCCCUGCUCCGUCCUGGAAGAGUAUUGGGACGGAUGUGUACGGAUACAGCGCACACUGCUCUGGGGUACCCGGAGAAACUGCUCUUUGCUCUCUAGUCUCAGUUCUUGCAGUUAUGAAGGGCAAGGUUGAGUUUUCAGGCUUCUCAUGCAAACUUUGGUAUGAAGGAUCAAUGAACCCUAUCCCUGGAACCUUCUCCUACAGGACGGAGAAGGAGGAUACGGAGUUCUCCGUCCUAACCCUGUCUUGUGAAACCAAGUUUCCAACUAAGGUUCCCUAUGGUGUAUCCAUACUUGAAGCUAAUUCUCAUGAGAACUUAAAUGAGAUUAUACCAGUGUAUCCAGUGGUCUCAGCCACCGAUCCGAAGAUAAACCUUCAGGUCUGUGUUCUGCCUCCGACACAUUCGGAGGACCAUGCUCCGGCCUUGAAGGAGUCAAUCCUGUUUCAUACUCUACUCGGAGUUUCUAGUUUCAUUCUCUUCUCUCCAGCUUUUCCGCAUUCUUUCAUUCUUCUAGCUAAUAAACUUCAAGCUCAACUUAAUAUUAAGAUCCAAAUGUAUCCCUGGAAUCCUCCACUAGGAUUAACCUCUAGCCUGGAGAACCAUCUCGUCACAACCUCCUGCUUCCAGCACAGCAGGUACUCGGAGAACUACGUCCUUCUCCAGGAUAACCAGAUACUUAUGCCUAGGAUAGGAGAAAAUAUAACUAAGGUUAUCUUGGAGUCUAAACUAGAUACCGGGCCCAACCCUCUCUCCGUCCGAAGAUUCUGCUCCGAAUAUCCGAAUGAUAAGAAAUCUGCCAACCUUGCUCAACCCAUCUCCGUCCUACAAUCAACCUACUUCAACAAACAGCUGAGUGACGGGGUUCAGACCAAUAUCUUUCAUUCUGGAGCCGGCCAAACCUUACCUGCCUUCCUCUCCGGGGAGGUGUUUGUAAACGAGUACGGUCCUUGUGAUAAAUAUGAUUUUAGUGAGACGGAUCAUACCGCAGGAUAUGAUCAAACCGCUCUCAAGUUUUCUCAUUCUAUUAAAGAUUUGUUUAAAAGAUUUAAUUCUCCUCUGCUUUAGAUAAAAUGUUGUGAUUCAAGAGAAGUAAAUAAAGUUAUUUAUUGUUAUGUUAAAA